AUGAAUCCGCAAUGUUCUAAAUGUAAAGCAGCAAUUAGGAAAUAUAACUAUUCAGUAAAAGAGAUAGAAAGAAUGAGAAACGACUAUGCAGAUUUAAAGAGGGAGGCAGAGAAGCCGGUAGAAAAUAAAAUGAACAUGUUAGAAUUUCUGAACAAAAACUAUCCAACUGCUGACGAUUUCCUAUUAUCUGAUGUCAAGAAGAAGUAUAAAGAAACUUUCGGCAUUGUUAAAAUUUUUGAUGUACUAAAAGAAGAAAUUGAAGCUACGAAAUUGUUUAGGAUUUCAAAUAUACAUCGUACAAUUCAUGUAAAACGCUUGUGA